CACCACCAGCUGCAACUGCAGCGUCAUAUGAUAUGGCGAGAGCUUCACACUAUGACGUUGCCUUUUGCUGGACCCAUAUAACAGAAGACGAUUGCGAUCUCAUCAUCCGAACCAACAAUGGUUGGCUUUUCUACUGCCAUUUCGACCCGCGUCCAGUCGCCCGACGUGAAAGAGCAGUACUUCAAGUGCCUCAACAUGCUUCGAUCAGGCGAAGAAGAGAUGGGUGAUUUCUAUGUGGAAGACGCUUGCGACUGGCUGAUAAAACCGUUCGGGUCCCUGAUUGCUCAACUGGCGCCGGCUACAACUCCACUAUCAGUGUUGACGACGAGUGGACGACCGACUCUGUCUCAAUACCUCUUUCCUCAACAGGUGUCCUUUAUUGUCAACGCCACGGACAACCAGCUACAGCCAAUCCGGGUCGACAACCAAGAGUACGUCUGGCGGGCUUCGACGCUCAGGCUAGACGACGACUUCGCCAAGGAUCUUGAUCAGUGGACACAGUUCUACCAUCCAUCCCGCAUUGAAGUCCAUUACGGUUGUCCCCAGGAUGUCCUUAUCAAACCCCCGACACGAGUCAUCGUCACUGGAUCCGACGACCGUUCGGUCAUCUGUUUCUUCAAACCGUUCAGGGCUUCAUCCCGCAACCCACGCGCGGAUAUCGAACUCAUGACCCACCGGAAGAUCGCCACGGCACAGAUACCCCCUCCACCACAUAUAUGGAUCUGCGGCAUCUACGGCCUUGUUCGGGACGAGAACGGGUUAUUGGGCAUGUUGUUCACUUGGAUCGACGUGAGAGCCGUGUUGUCAAAGGGGCUGGCUGAAAGUAGUCCGGCUUAUUUACGGCGACGGUGGGCAUCUCAGAUUGAUGGGUCGAUAAAAACGCUUCACCAAGAAGGUAUCAUCUGGGGUGAUGCCAAAGCCGAGAAUGUCCUGAUCGAUAAGAACGAUGAUGCUUGGGUUAUUGACUUUGGGGGCAGUUAUACACCUGGGUGGGUUGAUCUGGAGAAGGCUGGAAGCUUGGAGGGCGACAUGCAGGGCUUGGGGAAGAUCAUGGAUAUGCUUUGUUGAUGUCAGCAGAGGAGAUCCAGGACGGUUUACUGCUUGUGGCUUAGCG